AAUCGACGACAUUGAGAGAUCUAGGAGACAACUAAUCGAAUAUUCUUGCAUCCCGUCAAUUCAAUCCGAAGCCCCAAACCAACAACCUAAGUUUCAACUUUGAAGAUGCUCGCCACGCCAUACAUCCCUCCCCCUUUACCUCCAUCUCAUCAUGAAUCCGACCAGCGCAACAAUAACCCAACAAACGACCCAUUCCACGCCCUCUACUACUCCCUCGCCAACCUCACCCUAACCACGAGGGAAACAACAACUGACCCGCCGUCAUCAUCAUCAUUCCCAACGGUUCCUGCCCAAACCGUUACCGGACCCGAAGAAGUAAUCCAAGUCACCCCGCUCUUCCCAUCAGGCGACAACGUGGUGUUCGCACACUCGUCCUUCUUCUCCCGUCACCACCGCCGCGCCCCCCACGGCCUGCCCGCCCCGUACUGGCAGCAGCAGCAGCCCGACCUACCCUCUCCCGUCCAGGUCCGGGAGCGGGCUGCUGCAGCCCACUUGGGACCACUGCUCAGUACGUAUCAUGGAGGGUCGCAUGCCCAGCAGCAGCAGCAGCAGGAGGAGGGGGGGAGGAAAGAGGAGGAGAAGGGAAAGGAGGAGGUGCUGGUUCCCUUUCCCGAGUUCCCUGUCCGGUUGAUGGUCAAGUAUCACUAUCACCGGGUAGGACGGAACGGGAAUAGUAGUAGUAGCAGCAAUGGGAAUUGGAAUUGGAAUGGCAAUGGAAGCCAAGCGGCGAGCAGUGAGGGAAAGGCGAUGAUGCUCGUCCGAUCCGUCGUCACGGGAUCUGAGGCGGCGGUUGUGGUGCCAGAGGUGUUCGGGUGGCGGCGCGAUGCGGGGAGUGGGGAUGGGUUUGUGUACAUGGCCAUGCCGGAGGGGGAUGUGUUGGCGGACCGGUGGGAGGGGAUGGGUGAGAUGGAAAGGGGGCAAGUGUGUGCGCAGCUGAGAGGGGUGGUGAGUGAGUGGAGGAGGUUGAGGUUGGGUGGUGUUGGGUUUGUUGGGAGCGUUGAUAACGGACCGCUGGGGGAUCUAAUCUUCCAGCGCUGCACGGCGGCGGGCGCACCGCCGCCCGGUCCGUUCCCUACGGUGGCCGCCUUCCACGACUAUUUUGUCACCAUGGCGGUCAGCAUUUCGCAGGACAAGUAUGGCGGUGCUGGGGGGUCCGGUCAGAUUCGGUAUACCCCUCAUCAUCUCUUCCCGGACGAUGUUCCCGUUCUAUUCACGCAUGGAGCCCUUCAUCCGCGGAAUAUCAUUGUCUCGGCCGGUCAGAGCCCGCGCUUGGUUUCCAUCAUCGGGUGGGAGCAGGCCGGGUGGUAUCCGGCGUACUGGGAGCUGUGCAAAGCAAGGUUGGAGUGUUCCCGGCAUGGCGGCCUUGGGAGCUGGGAGACCAAAUAUCUACCGUGGAUUCUCGAUGUCGAGGGCUUGAGCAGGGAGACGCGGGGAUGGCAAGUGGGUUCAUUGUGUCAGUAUUGGGAUUACUUUGUUGGGUUAAUGUGAGCACCGGGGAAGUCAUGUGGUCAAACUAGGCGUUGGAACUGGGGCUUUUGGGAUUGAAGAGGCAAGAAUAUGGAUUUCGAAGCUUUUGCUCAUACUUUCCAUCUUUUGAACCACGGAGACGGAGCUGACAGACAACGCACUACACCAUCCUCUCCGCCCAGCUCUGAAUAACACCCUCAACGGUAGGCUCGUAUUCCUCGAGAAUAACUUUGAUCCCCGUUCAGGAAUGUGGCGGA